UGGUGCCCGAACGGUUGGAUACCAUAUACGUACGUAAGACAACAUCUGACGAUGUGAAGCAUACGCAAAGUAUAGUCGACAUGGUGAACAAAGCAUUUGGCGGAAGAGGAAAUGGAUGGGUGUCUAACAAGGAUAUCGUUUCCGGCGACAGAAUUACUUCUGAAGACAUCAAGCGAUUAAUCGCUGAAAGUGAUGGGAAAACUUCAGCCCUUUUUUGUGCAUUUAGGAAACGCUCAACGAACGGGACUCACGAUAACAGUCAAGGAACCGAAGAAGAUGAGAUCGUUGUGGGUGCAACGUCGGUAGGGCCAAACGAAGAUGGUAGCAACAGUAACAAUAAGGACGCUUGUCUUUUGCACAAUUUUGCCGUUUUACCAGAGCUACAGUCCUCUGGAGUCGGUCACAUGUUGACACGAACGACGCUAAACUAUGCCAAGAACGAACUGGGAUAUAAUGUUGCGUAUUUGCGUAUUUUUGAAGAAAAAACAAAACUGCGAGCUUGGGUUUGUCAAGUAUUUGGCUUUCAAGAAGUUGGUACUUUUGAUUAUCCCCAGCCACAUCGUCUCAAAACAAAAUCUCACUACAUUAUUCUUAAAAAAGAACUCUCAUGUACCAAUAGCUCAUUGUAGUUUUGUUGAUAACGACUACAGCAUGUAAAACUCGUUGCGUCAUUAUAAAGCUCAA